AUGUGGGUGCGGGGCUUAUCAAAUAAAACAAAUAUUUUCUAUAUUAAUGAGAGUUUUGUUGUCAAAUAUGAGCUUUAUUUGUAGGUUUCAUUGGCACUUGGAGAGUCUUGGGCCUUAUAAAAGUUCUGGCGGUUUUAUUGGCACUUGGAGUUCGUAUCGGACUCGGACGUGCUGCCUAGAUUUUGCCGAACUAACAUAAACCACCCAUAUCUUUCCCGCUGUGAGAUGUCCGGUGUUCCGUUUCUGUGCAAAAAAAAUCUGCAAAAACCCUAUCGGAUCCCAUUCCCAAAUCUUCACACUCAGACAGAUUAAUCAUUAAUGGACCCUCACCCUCACUCGACGCAUCUGACCGCACCGAAUCGCUCCCGUAGCUCCCAGUCGCAGUCACCGUCUCACUCGGCCUCAGCUUCCGCGACGUCAUCCCUCCACAAGCGCAAGUUGGCGGCGGCGGCGACGGCGACGGCAGCGGCAUUUGACGACCAUGCUCCUCCCUCCUCGUCAUUCCAUCCCUCGUCAUUCUCCGCCGACACGCGCGAUGGAGCUCUCACCUCCAAUGAUGACCUUGAAAGCAUCUCUGCUCGCGGGGCCGACUCGGACUCCGAUGCAGACGACUCAGACGCGGACGCAGUCGUUGACGAUGACGACGAAGACUUUGAUAACGACUCUUCUAUGCGCACUUUUACUGCUGCUCGCCUAGAGGCAAACAACGCCGCUGGUUCCACCGCCAUUACGGGCACCGUCUCGGCCAGGAACAAGAAGAUCAAGACGGGGAGUUCUACGGUAAAGAUCGAGCCCUCUGAUGGCGCAAAGGACGGUGGGCCUACUGGGACGGGUGCAUUGGGACCUGCUGGCACGGCAGGGAGCGCGGUAACAGGGAUGAUGGUGAAGGAAGACCCCACCAAGAUAUUCACAGAGAAUUUGCAGACAAGUGGAGCUUACAGCGCUAGAGAAGAGACCUUGAAGAUAGAGGAGGAAGCAGGAAGACUCAAGUUUGUAUGCUGUUCAAAUGAUGGUAUUGAUGAACAUAUGAUUUGGUUGAUUGGAUUGAAGAAUAUAUUUGGGAGGCAGCUACCUAACAUGCCAAAGGUGUAUAUUGUCCGUCUUCUGAUGGAUAGAAGCCAUAAGUCUGUUAUGGUUAUCAGACGUAAUCAUGUUGUUGGUGGCAUCACAUAUCGCCCAUAUGUCAGCCAAAAGUUUGGGGAAAUUGCUUUCUGUGCGAUUACAGCCGAUGAACAAGUAAAAGGUUACGGCACCAGACUGAUGAAUCACUUAAAACAGCAUGCACGUGAUGUUGAUGGGCUAACACAUUUUUUGACAUACGCCGACAAUAAUGCUGUUGGCUAUUUUAUUAAACAGGGUUUUACCAAGGAGAUUUGUCUUGAGAGAGAUCGAUGGCAUGGGUAUAUCAAGGACUACGAUGGAGGUAUCCUAAUGGAGUGUAAGAUUGAUCCUAAGCUUCCGUAUACUGAUCUAUCGACUAUGAUUCGCCGUCAGAGGCAGGCAAUCGAUGAAAAGAUAAGAGAGCUCUCCAACUGUCACAUUGUUUACCCCGGAAUUGAUUUUCAGAAGGAAGCUGGAAUUCCUAAAAAAAUCAUCAAAGUUGAAGAUAUUCCGGGCUUGAAGGAGGCUGGGUGGACUCCAGAUCAAUAUGGUCACUCACGGUUUAGAAGUUUAAAUGCUUCUACAGAUAGUGGCACUAGUGUAAAACAUUUGACAGCAUUCAUGCGCUCACUUAUCAAGGUAAUGUUUGACCAUGUUGAUGCUUGGCCAUUCAAGGAACCAGUUGAUGCCCGGGAUGUCCCUGAUUAUUACGACAUCAUAAAAGAUCCUGUGGAUUUGAAGACCAUGUCCAAAAGGAUAGAGUCAGAGCAGUAUUACGUUACAUUUGAGAUGUUUAUGGCAGAUGUGAAGAGAAUGUUUUCUAAUGCGCGCACUUAUAACUCUCCUGAUACCAUAUAUUAUAAAUGUGCAACCAGGCUGGAAUCUCACUUCCAGAACAAAGUUCAGUCAGGAAUCCAGUCGGGUGCCAAACUUCAGCAGUAACUAAAUCAUUGAGCAUUUACUUAAGCUUGCCAUUUCCCCCAGCCCCCGAGAGGAGAUGAUGGGCAAAAACCGAUUGGGACGCUCUGCCUCCUGUGUGACUGAUGUAUACUGUGUACAUUGCUUCUAAUUAAACUGUGAUUUUCAACACCCAGCGGCCAGCAGUUUAUUUGUAUAGGCAGACACCCAGCAGUUAUUCCCAAGAAUGAUGGUGAUUAGGAAUGAGUUCCUAUUCCUCGAAUGCGAGCUAGUGUAAGUGCCUUUUGGUUGAGAAUACUGUAGGCUGUUAAUCAGGGAUAAUUACAUGUUCUUAGGAUUUGAUUUUUUUUUCUUUUUUAUUAUUGUCGAAAAAAAAUAGAAUAUUUAAGUGAAGAAAAGGAAAUACUAUUGUAAUUUUUAACAUAGCUAUAAUGUAUUAUCCCUUGGGAUA